AUGAAGAUAACUGGUGCAGGUCACGGAAUUGGGAGAGAAUUAGCAAUUGGUUAUGCGUCUUUGGGAGCAACAGUAGUAUGUUGGGAUGUCAAUGAAGAAACCAACGUGCAGACAAUGCAUAAAAUUAAAGAAAUGGAGAAAAGUUCAGUACAUGCUUAUCGAUGCGACAUAUCAGACAAAAAUGAAGUCUUCAAAGUGGCAGCAAAAGUGAAAAAGGAAGUUAGAGAUAUUACUAUUUUAAUCAACAAUGCCGGUAUUGCACCUCUUCUAACAUUAUUAAAUUACGACAUCAAUGAAAUUUCUCGGGUUGUGGAUGUUAAUCUUAUGGCGCACUAUUGGGCAAACGAUGAAAACAUUCCUACCAAAUAUGAUCAAAAGAAAUCACAAUCACGUUGUGGCAAUUUCAUCGGUGACAGCGUUACAUUUCAUCCCGCAUGGAACGAUUUACUGCACUACAAAAGCUGCAAUCCGAGUACAUGUAAGAAGUGGUUCCAAAGAUUCAAGAGUGGUAACUUGGAUCUUCAGGAUGAAGAAUGUUCGGGACAACCAAAAAUAUUUGAAGAAAUUUUACCUUCAGGUAAAACACUCGAAGAACUUUUGGAAUAA